GCCACAGUAAACGUCAGCUGCAGAGAGGACGAAGACAUCGGGUUAUUUUCGUGGGCCGUUCCCCUAAGCGUUAGAAACUAUAAAUCUGAAUCUGUAUUCCCCAAACCUCAGUUGGCGUGUGCAUCCAACACUGUCAGCUUUUCUCUCCCAAAGAUCUGGUGUGCAGUAUAUGACCAAAGAUGUCGGAUGCACCGAAAAAGAAGAUCAGCUCAGGUCGCAGGCUGGGGCUGAAGAUGAAGAUGCUGUACACAGCGUUCGACAUGCUGGCUGUGGAGAAUGAGGACAGGGUGAAAGACAGAGCGGACACCCUUGCUGAACGCGUCCCGCCACUCAAGCUGUCUGGCCUGUCUGUGCAGGAGCUCCAGGAUCUUUGCAGAGAUCUGCAUCACAAAAUUGAUGUAGUUGAUGAGGAACGCUAUGAUGUUGAAGUGAAAGUGGCCAAAAAUGAUAAGGAGAUUCAUGAGAUGAAGCUGAAGGUGCAAGAAUUGACGAGGAAGAAGCCUACUCUGAAGAGAGUGAAAAUAUCUGCAGAACAAUUGCUCUCUGUCCUCCUGGGUGGCAAGCACACACAGACCAUUGACUUCAAGGCCAACCUCAAAACAGUCAAGAAGGAGGAUGAGAAGAAAGAGGAGGUGACUGACUGGCGUAAGAAUGUGGAGGCCAUGUCUGGCAUGGAGGGCAGGAAGAAGCUGUUCGACGCUGGUGGACAGUAGCAGGAUCUUAAAUGGACUUAACUCACUUGACUGAUUAAGUUGAUUUUUAUCAUCUGUCUUUUCUCAUGAGAACUUUGUUUUUUUUUUCAAGUUAACGUUCAUGAAAUGUCUACAUUACCUUUUGGAAAAUUGUGUCCAGCCAUGUACAAUUUCAGUUUAAACACAGGAAGAGUGUAAUGAUUUGGAAAAUAUUUGAACAAUGAAUGAAAUAUAAAGUCAAGAACUUUUGCAUAAUGGGCAUAACACUAAAAUAUUACACACAACUACAUGGGUUUUAUUUUAUAAACACAUACGGUUUUGCUUUUUUAUCCAAGGCUUUUAUAGGAGGUAUUAUUGUUGUCUGUUUGUACUGUAUUGUAUCUGUGAUGUAUAUUGGGUGUGUGGACAUCCAUUCAGCUGAAUUGAACAUAAAUGCAUGGCGUCUGUUUAUAGCUACUGAGGUGCUUAUUGUGCUCAUAUUAAAAAAGAAAUUCUGCCUUUCAAA